AUGGAGCGGCUAUCAAGCGCGCUGGAGAGAACGAAAACAUCCAUCGACUCACAGGCUUACAAGAACAACGAGAUGACUACAGUGCUUCAGGCGACCGUUGAUGAGAUGAACCAAGCCCGAAAGAGGUUUGAGGCGCUCCAGGCUCUAUAUGCAUACCAGCAUUUCCCCUGGCAGCCGAACGACUUGGAUAUAAGCGGAUCGUUAGUCUCAGAUGGGAGCCGUCUUGAGCCGAUGGAUCUUGAUAGUCCGGUUCUUCAGGCUGUCACUACUCUUCAUGAGAACCCGCGACUAAUACCCUCAGACCUUCUGGAACCGCUGCCUUCCCUGGUGGUGACAGAUACGACAGGUACCUCGGAAGAGAUACAGAUGGAUUUCACCACCGCUAAUAGAGAUGGGUCUAUUGAUGAAUGGGCGGUUGUAUUUGACCGUCUCCGUCGCUAUAAAGAGUAUAAACCCACGAUGCCUGCCUACUAG